UGCAAAAUAUCCGCAUAAAAGCGUUAGAGAAAUAGAAGAGAUAAAUUUGUAUACCAAAAAUGUAGAUUUUGAGUUUGUAAAUAUAAUAUCAACACAACCAGUUUCAUAUAUCUGUACAUUGUAUAAUCUAUUUUAAUCAAAAGAGGGGCACCUUCCCACGCACACACAAAACUGGAUGUUCAAAGCCAUUACCACCAAGUUUUCACUAAGGAAGUAUUUGGCUAUCAAAAAAAGGGAACAAACUCCCUUUUGCGCAUUACUAGGUCUGCUGUGGUUAUCUACCAUAUUCUCGCUAAAGGGUAAUUCACUUUAGGCAAGUGUUCUUUUUUGAGUAUAACAACAACCAACCAUCAUGCAAAUUUCUUCGUUCUUGUUAUCUUUUCUGUAUUAAAAAAUCACAAACUCUUUCUUCUUGACAUGAAUUUAGUUUGGAAGAAGAAUUAAAAUUAAUCCUCAACAUUGUAAGCAAAAAAUAUUGUUAAGCUAGUUUCUUUGACUUUUAAUCAACAGCAAGUCAAAUGUCUGUAUAGAUGACUAGUUUUCAGGAAAAUUGUAAUUAAUACUUAGCGGAUUUGCCGUAACCAUUCAGCCAGAGUAAUAUAAACAUGAACUAUCUGCUAUAUGUAGUGUAAGUAUCUGGAAGUGCAGCAAGCUACGAUAAAUAAGGAACAAUUUUAAAACCUCUUAUGAUCUUGUCCGCUUCCUAUCAGAUCCUGUCUAAUCAUUCGCUGCCCUUUCUAGUCACUUCCCAAAAGACAGUGAUUAAAGGUCUGGUAUAGUGCUAUGUUCCUCUAAUGACUGGAUAAGAAGAAUGUGAGUGAAUAGACUACCUUCUUUUGCUCAGUUCUCUACAUACACUCCUUACUUAUCACUAUUCAUUUAAAUAGCUCAUCAAUUGUAAUAUCAGUAUUGUUCUUGUGAAUUUUGAAGGCUACAACCAGUGGUAGACCUGGGACAAUAUGUUGAUGAGACCUAUCAUCAUAAGUGUUACAAACUUCAUGUCAUGUGUUUGAUAGUUUUCAGUAAAUGGCGGUGUUUGUAUGCGAAUAUCUCGAGAACGAAAUGUGAAGGAAGCAAUGUUCACCUUAUUUUAGAAAAUAAAAUCUUGCACUGGGCUUUACCUGAUCAUCACCCACUAGAGCUUUAACUUCCUAUUUAUAGAGUGUUUAGAUAAGUUAUGUUAAUCGGAGGAUACGUGAGGAUGCGAAAGUGCGUGUUUCAGUAUAGGAUAGAACAACACUAAGCUCAUGUUUGGCAGUAAAGUUCCUGUAAGUGUCAGGCCAUGACAAGACGCUGUAAGCAUGGAGGUUUAAUAACAGAUCGCAAUCAAAUGAACACACAUUUCGAAAAUCUCACACUGAUGGAAAAUACAAGUGCUGAUUUGACCUGCGAAUUAAAAACAGAAAACAAUGAUACAUUUCGAAUUGAAGUGAAGAUUUGUGAAGCAGGUAGUUUCUACCCAGUCUGCGUGUGCCGGUGGUUCUCCAAUGGUUCAAAAUGCACAAAUGGAAGAAACAUUUCGAUGUGUGAAGCUGACAGCAUGGAAAUGCGUAUAUCGAUACGUGUAAGAAGAAACUUCAGUGAUGUCUUAUGGGAGCUCUUAGAACAGAAUUCUACUCCAGUUUUAUUGAGGCACACUAAACUGCAAGUCACCUAUCCUCCAGAAAUCAUUCAGCUCACCGUAAACGGACAAGAGGUUAACGGGAAAUUCAUCACUAAAGAGAAUCAAAAGUUCACUAUUACUUGUUCCUACACAAACGGAAAUCCUCCAGUCUACAUUCGCAUGUUUAAUAACACAGGACACGUGUUUCGUUCAACAAAUAAUAGAGAAGGCACUCUUGUGACCUUUCUAUCUGUUUACUGUCGCGACAUGUGGCCGACUGUUAGCUGUGAGGCACCAGGUUCGAAACUGAACAAAUCUGUCACCAUUCUUGUCAAAUGUUUACCUCAGCUUUUCUACAUGUCGAGUCAAUCUGUAGACCUGAAAGGUGCUGCUACAGGUUUGACACUUGGCCUGAAAUCUUAUACAAGUGAUAUCAAGAGUUGUCUGAUGACGAGCCUGCAUGAUCAGUCCAUCGCCAGAGAAGUGAUUUGUGAACUCAGUGGAAGUGCACCGGAAUUCAACUUGACCCUUCGUGUGGCUAAAGAAUCAUGGUUAGAAGAAGGGAUUUGGAUGCUCCAUGUCAUGACGGAGCUAGGAUUUUCAAACAUCACUGUAAACAUCACCAACACCACGGUUCAGCCAGAAACUACUGGCAGUUCACAAGAUAAUCACCAUACUUUAAUCCUGUUUGGAUGCGCGCUGAGUGCCACGUCCUUCAUCGCUGUUAUCGUCAUUUACUUUGUCCUCAAACUGGUCAAGAGGCGCAGCAUCGAUUAA